UGGAUCUUCCUCCCUUAACACACGGAUCUCUCUGACAUUUGGGUCAGUUCUGACACGAGCAGGUUCGAGCAGACACCAUGGGAUUGACAAACGACCCGAACUUCCAGAAUCUGGACAAAUGGUUCAAAUCAAACGCUGCGAGUCUCAACAUGAGGAAAAUGUUUGAGGCUGAUAAAGACAGAUUCAAGAAGUUGAGCUUAACUUUGAAAACAGAUGAAGGAGAAAUUUUGCUGGAUUACUCCAAGAACCUUAUAAAUGAGGAGGUUAUGAAGAUGCUGGUGGAGCUGGCAAAAUCUCGUGGUGUGGCGGCUGCAAGAGACAAGAUGUUUUCAGGAGAAAAGAUUAACUUCACUGAGGGUCGUGCUGUUCUCCAUGUGGCUUUGAGGAACCGCUCAAACUCUCCCAUAAAUGUGGAUGGGAAAGAUGUGAUGCCAGAGGUCAACAAGGUUCUGGAGAAGAUGAAGGGCUUCUGUCAUAAAGUACGCAGUGGAGAAUGGAAAGGCUACACGGGCAAAUCCAUGACUGAUGUUGUUAACAUUGGCAUUGGUGGAUCUGAUCUGGGUCCAUUGAUGGUGACGGAGGCUUUAAAGCCCUACUCUAAAGGUGGACCUCGUGUCUGGUUCGUGUCUAACAUCGAUGGUACGCACAUUGCUAAAACUCUGGCUGAACUCAACGCUGAGACCACACUCUUCAUCAUCGCUUCAAAGACAUUCACGACGCAGGAAACGAUCACGAACGCAGAAUCGGCAAAGGAAUGGUUCCUGCAGGCCGCAAAAGAUAAAGCUGCAGUUGCCAAGCAUUUUGUGGCCCUCUCCACCAAUGCACCUAAAGUGAAGGACUUUGGCAUUGACACGGAGAACAUGUUCGAGUUCUGGGAUUGGGUUGGUGGACGAUAUUCCCUGUGGUCUGCGAUCGGAUUGUCCAUUGCACUUCAUAUCGGGUACGAGAACUUUGAGAAGCUUUUGGCUGGAGCUCAUUGGAUGGACACGCACUUUCGUACGGCUCCUAUGGAUCAGAACGCGCCCGUUCUGCUCGCCCUGCUGGGAAUCUGGUACAUCAAUUUCUUCCAGGCGGAGACUCACUGCCUGCUGCCAUACGAUCAGUAUAUGCAUCGCUUUGCUGCUUAUUUCCAACAGGGUGAUAUGGAGUCUAAUGGAAAGUACAUCACGGUUGACGGUGCUCGGGUGGAUUAUCACACCGGACCGAUCGUAUGGGGUGAACCAGGAACCAAUGGACAGCAUGCAUUUUACCAGCUGAUUCAUCAAGGGACUCGCAUGGUUCCUGCUGACUUCCUGAUUCCUGCUCAGAGCCAACAUCCAAUCAGAAACAACGUUCACCACAAGAUUCUGGUGGCAAAUUUCCUGGCACAGACAGAAGCACUAAUGAAGGGAAAAACCACAGAAGAGGCCAAGAAAGAGCUGGAGGCCGGAGGUCUGACUGGAGAGAAACUGGAGAAAAUCCUACCACAUAAAGUAUUCCAAGGAAAUAAGCCGACAAAUUCCAUCAUCUUCAAAAAACUGUCUCCGUAUACUCUGGGCGUGCUGAUCGCCAUGUAUGAACACAAGAUCUUCAUUCAAGGUGUCAUGUGGCAAAUCAACAGUUUUGAUCAGUGGGGUGUGGAGCUCGGGAAACAGCUGGCAAAGAAAAUCGAACCCGAGCUUCAGGACUCGGCAGAGGUCAGUUCGCACGAUUCAUCUACUAAUGGCCUCAUCAACUUCCUCAAGAAGAAUUUUACUUGAAUGCAGCGUCAUCUGCAGGAUCACCCAGAUUCAUCACGGCCCACCUGCAACCUUUAAUAUGUGACAGGAUAAAGAAGAAAUAGAAAACACAUGACUUAGAAUAAAAAUUUAAAAACCUUAA